GUGAAACGCAGGGGCGAUGACGCCCCUCGCAGGCGAAGCGCAGGGGUGAUGAUGCUGAUGAUGUCGGCCCUCCCCCCGGGGCUGGGCCCGUUCCAGGUGAAACGCAAGGGCGAUGAUGCUGAUGAUGUCGGCCCUCUGCCUGCGGAUUGGGAUGAUGUCAGCCCUCCGCCUGCCCUCUGCCUGCGGCUUGAGCCCUUCUAA